AUGCGAUGGCGAGUGGUGCAGGGACGACGUGGUGAAACGCCAACGCCAGGCAGUGUUAUGGAACGCUUCCGUGUCACGUUUCUGCUGACCUUUUCCAUCCCGUUCACCGUACCUACCAUCGUCGAUGAUGUCGACUGUUAUUCCGGAUGGUGUCUCCAUGGUGGUCGUUGCCAGAUAAACGGCUUCAUCAGAACGUGCAAAUGUCAUCAAGAUUAUCUUGGAUCCAGGUGCCAGUUUUACAAUCCUUGCAAGCACAAAGACUACUGUCUGAAUAACAGCACCUGCGUAAUCACGCAGAAAGGCACCGACGACCUAUACGUUGAUUGCAUUUGCCCGGAAGGACUUGCCGGUGAACGCUGUGAGAAACCUAUUUGUGACACGUGGAAGUGUAAUUCCGGUACGAUAUACUCCAUUGGAACGAAAUGCGCCUGCUACUGUGACAAUCAAACACAUGGUACGUGAUA